CUCGUGACCCCCUAGCGGUCACAUGGAGAAGUGCGCGGAUGUAUUUGGGAGGAGAGAAAAAGUGACACGUGGAUCGUUACUCCUCCUCCAGCAUCAGGAAAAACAGGCUGCGUCCUGGAGUCUGUCUCUCCGUCAGUCUGUCCUUCUGUCUGUCCGUCCUGGAGUCUGUCUGUCAGCUCAUGGAGUCAACUGCUGAAACCCGCAGAGAAAACAUCGCGGUGUGACUGAGGACACAAGAAAGUUAAAGUGAAACAGACGAAGGAGAGAGGCUGCUGCUGCUUCUGCUGCUGCUUCUGCUGCUGCUGCUGCUGCGAACAUCGCAUUGAAUGGCAGUAAUUCAAAAAUAUGGCAAGAACUAUGAUCCAGAUCUGGUCUGUCACAAGGAAACCAGUCCGCCUGAUAAGAGCGGGGCUCCAGGAUGUCACAAGAAGUGGUCCGAGCACAACACCAACUGGUCCAGGCCGGUGGCGAGGGUGUGGACGGUGGUCCUGCUGCUCGGGACGUGUCUCCUCUACUGCGCCCGAGUGGCGAUGCCCAUCUGUGCCGUCAGCAUGGCCGUGCAGUUCGGCUGGACCAAGAGGGAGUCUGGCAUGGUGCUGGGCAGCUUCUUCUGGGGCUACUGCUUCACCCAAGUGCUGGGAGGCUACGUCAGUGACAGGGUAGGAGGUGAAAAGGUGCUCCUGUUGUCUGCUGCUGCCUGGGGCUCCAUGACGGCCUUCACACCCGUCCUGGCUCACUUCUGCUCACAGCCCAUCCUUUCCAUGACACUCGCCCGAUUUCUCAUGGGCCUUUUGCAAGGAGUUCAUUAUCCAUCUCUCGCCAGCCUGUGCUCUCAAAAGGUGGUCGAGAGUGAACGAGGCUUCCUCAUGAGCACAGUGGGAAGUGGCUCCUAUCUGGGAACUCUGGUGAUUGGAGGAGCUGGUUCCCUCAUGUUAGACCUGUAUGGCUGGCAGAGUGUUUUCUAUGUGUCUGGGCUCCUCUCAGUCCUGUGGGCUUACUGCAUGUGGAAAUGUCUACUCAAAGGAGAAGGGCCAAUCAUCACCCUGGAGUCCCUGGGAAGUGGUGGACCCCAGUCCAGACUCACCAAGAGACACUGGUUGCGGCUCUUCAAACAGCCUGCAGUGUGUGCUGUGAUUGUGACACACCUCUGCACAGCGUGCACCUUCUUCACUCUGUUGUCGUGGCUGCCAACAUUCUUCAAAGACUCUUUCCCUGAAGCCAAGGGUUGGAUCUUCAACGUGGUUCCUUGGUUAGUGGCCAUCCCGUCAUCCCUGUUCAGUGGCUGUCUGUCUGACCAGCUCAUCAUUCGAGGCUUCGACACAGCGUCAGUGAGGAAGCUGAUGCAGUUCUUCUCCAUGGGCGUGUCCAGCGUGUUUACCCUGCUUCUAUGUGGCAACACCACAUUCCCGUGGGCUGUAGCGUUUGUGUCUGCCACCAUGGGCUUCACCACCUUCAGUCACAGCGGGGUUUCUGUAAAUGUUCAGGAUCUGGCUCCGUCCUGCGCUGGAGCAUUAUUUGGUGUCAUGAAUACUUGUGGCGCUUUCUCAGGGGUUCUCAUGGUGUAUUUCUCUGGGUAUCUGAUCGAGACGACAGGUUCAUGGGCAUCGGUGUUCGCCCUCAUCACCGUGGUCAACCUGCUGGGCCUCUGCACCUUCCUGGCUUUCGCUGAAGCUCGCCGGGUCGACCUAGAUUGCAGCAAGGUUCGCCACCACAACAUCCACAUAUAAUUCACCAGCACCAACAACAGGGACCGGUACAAUAUUCCCAAAGAAGACGGUGAACCAGCAGCCCAGGCACACACACACACACACACACACACACACACACACAGGAGAAUGAGCCAAAGUUUGGCAAAAAGAUGAAACCUGAAAAAUACAGAUUGACUGUGUUUCUGAAGACGUACUGCAAGAGUUACUGAAAAGCACACAGCACAGCCUGCAGCAUCCUACAUACAGUAUGUGUGUAUAUAUAUGUAUGAUAUACACACGUAUAUAUGUAUAUGUACAUACAUACAUACAUAUACAUAUAUACGUCAGGUCAGGGGUUGCUGCAGUUGGUCAAGUCUAGGUUCAGAGGUCAGCUGACGACCUGAAUACACAAAUGAUUGAAUGGAUUUUCUCUUCCCUGAUGACACGGGCAUAUUCCAAGAUGACAAUGGCAGGAUUCAUCGGGCGGUUCAGGGAGCAUGAGACGUCAUUUUCAGCACAGAGUCCAGAUCUUAACCACAUUGAGACUCUGUGGGAUGUACUGGAGAAGACUUUGCGCCGUGGUCCGACUCUCCCGUCAUCAAUACGAGAUCUUGGUGAAAAAUGACUGCAACACUGGACGGAAAUAAGUCUUGUGACUUCAUUGCAGAAGCUCAUCGAAACAAUGCCACAGUAAUCAAAGCUAAAGGCCGUUAGCGUGUGUGACCCUUUUUUUAGGUGGCGACCGGUGUACGACUCUACCUCCAUGUCCAGGCUGGUGUGUGCGACUUUAACCUGAGAAGCAGUGGCUGUGUUUCUUCAUUGAGUUGAAGAAGUGACGAUAGUGAUGGAGGGAGUGAAGGGGGGAGUGAAGGGGGGAGGUGAUGUUAUUUAGAACAUCACACUCAGAGAACUGUCUGAGUGACACCUUAUUACCCAGAUGCUAAUUACUGGAUAAGCACUCGAUUUACCUUCCACUGUCCCCAUUGCCAUGGUUACAUGCUCAUUUUCUGUUACAGUUCAGAGAAGGUCAAAGAAAGGGAACAAGGCUUUGACUCAUGUACUAAUUUACUGAAGAGUUUGUUAUGAAUGAGACGAACAAAGGUUACAAACACAUUUUUAUUUUCUUUCUAUGUCGCCGCAUGGAGUGGAAAUACCUCACUGAUGUUUACAUAUAUUUAUAUGGCUCAGUUUUUUAAAGAAAAACAUAUAUAUAUUCACUUAGGUUAGAGAAAAAUAAAUAUAUUUGGAAACUUGUAAGAAAAUCAAAGUUAUCAAGAUUUCCUCCUGCUGUUUGGUGUCCUUGCUUUGUGUGUGUGUGUGUGUGUGUCACACACUUCUCUCCUCAUUCAGUUAAAGACUGAAAAGGUCAGUCUUUAAAGGAAGAGUCUAGGAUCCAGGUCCAGGUGCCUUACAUCGUCUCAGACUGUGUUCUGGGCCCACGGCAGGUAAAUGGGCUUAGCUCAGACUGUUUGAAUCCUGCAGGUCAAAGGUCAGGGGUAACCCUGUACCCAGCACCCACUGCUGUCCUGUUGUAGGAAGGUUUGUAGAAGGAGGACGAUUUGAAUGCAGAGUCAGGGUGGUUGUGUGUGUGUGUGUGUGAGUUUAACCUGCCUGUCACCACAGGGACACGCCCACCUUUAAUCUCACACUUCACAUCACAUGAGAUUAGAUGUAUCUAUGUCGUAUCACAAUGUCUCUUUUUGUCACAAUCUAUGCAUUUAAUAGUUGUUUUUUUGCUUCAUUGAAACAAAGACGGUCUCAGUGUCUCAGUGUCUCAGCGUCUCAGUGUCUCAUCGUCUCAGUGUCUUAGCGUCUCAGCGUCUCAGUGUCUCAUCGUCUCAGUGUCUCAGCGUCUCAGCGACAUUCCUGAGGAGUCCCAGCUGGUCGUCGCCCUCUUGUUCUCUGUUGAGAUUGCUUUGCAUUUUCCUGGUAAAUGACAACAUCAUGUCACUGUGGGAGAUAUAUAUACAUAUACAUAUAUAUAUAUAUAUAUAUAUAUAUAGUAUAUUUAUGGUGAAGAUAAUGAUGCAGUACACCAAUACUUGAUAUGAUGUAUUUUUCUUUUUUUUAAAAGUAGAUUUGAACUUUGAUUAAAAAUA